AUGAGAAGAUCGUUGUAUACGAUCCUAGAAAAGGUCAGAGAUUUAAGAUGGUGGAGAUGCCAAGAGCUAAACAUGGUGGGGGGGUUGUUUUAUAUGUGUGCCGUUGCAGAUGAGCUUUACUGUUAUUAUUUUACACAUGGUUUGAUGGGCUACGAUACAAAGCUUAAGGUAUGGAGAAGAGUGGUUGGUUUGGAGACACUUGGUGCUGCUAUUUUGCAUAACGCUGCAAUGGUGGAUUACGAUGGAAAGCUGGUGAUUUUUUGGCAUGGAUCGAGCAAGAAGGAAAUUAGGUGUGCGGUAAUCAUGUUGGACUUGAUUGGAGAUGUGAUUCGUGAGAUGAUCGAGUGGUGUGGGAUUGUAGAUACAAUGCCAUAUAAUUAUAGUUUUCAAAGGUGUUUUGUUUGUUCUGAUGAUUGA